GGGGAAGGUGGAGGGGCCUCCCCGCCGGCUCCGCGGAGGAUGCAGUUCUUUGGCCGCCUGGUCAGCACCCUCAGCAGCGUCACCAACUUGUUCACCAGCCCAUUCCGGGUGAAGGAGGUGGCCGUGGCGGACUACAGCUCGAGCGGCCGGGUCCGGGAAGAAAGGCAGCUGUGUCUGUUCCAGAACGCUCCCAGUCGCACGUGGGACUGCAUCCUGGUCAACCCCAGGAACCCCCAGAGUGGAUUCCGGCUCUUCCAGCUGGAGACAGAGGCCGAUGCCCUGGUGAACUUCCAGCAGUAUUCUUCCCAGUUGCUGCCCUUCUACGAGAGCUCCAACCACAUCCUGCAUGUUGAGGUCCUGCAGCAGCUGACCGACCUCAUCCGCAACCACCCCAGCUGGUCAGUGGCCCACCUGGCGGUGGAGUUGGGGAUCCGAGAGUGCUUCCAUCACAGCCGCAUCAUCAGCUGCGCCAACAACAGGGAGAAUGAGGAGGGUUGCACUCCCCUGCACCUGGCCUGCCGCAAGGGCGACUGGGAGAUCCUGGUGGAGCUGGUGCAGUACUGCCACGCCCAGAUGGACGUCACCGACAACAACGGAGAGACCGCCUUCCAUUACGCUGUCCAGAGUGACAAUUCCCAAGUGCUGCAGCUCCUAGGGAAGAACGCAUCAGCUGGCCUGAACCAGGUGAAUAACCAAGGGCUGACCCCGCUGCACCUGGCCUGCCAGCUGGGGAAGCAGGAGAUGGUCCGUGUGCUGCUGCUCUGCAACGCUCGCUGCAACAUCAUGGGGCCCAGUGGCUACCCCAUCCACAUGGCCAUGAAGUUCUCCCAGAAGGGGUGUGCUGAGAUGAUUGUCAGCAUGGACAGCAGCCAGAUCCACAGCAAAGACCCUCGCUACGGAGCCAGCCCCCUCCACUGGGCCAAGACCGCAGAGAUGGCCCGCCUGCUGCUGAAACGGGGCUGCGACGUGAACAGCACCAGCUCCGUGGGGAACACAGCCCUGCACGUGGCCGUCAUGCGCAACCGCUUCGACUGCGUCAUGGUGCUGCUGACCCACGGGGCCAACGCCGAAGCCCGCGGCGAGCAUGGCAACACACCGCUGCACUUGGCCAUGUCGAAAGGCAACGUGGAGAUGAUCAAGGCCCUCAUUGUGUUUGGGGCAGAGGUGGACAUCCCGAAUGACUUUGGAGAAACUCCUGCGUUCCUAGCCUCCAAGAAUAGCAAACUCGUCACCAGGAAGGCGCUCCUAACUCUGCUGAGAACCGUGGGGGCCGACUACCACUCCCCACUCAUCCAGGGGGUCUCGGCGGAGCAGUGCUCCGCAGCAACGCACUCCUCCUCCCUGGAAAGAUCUCAGCCCCCACUGAUCAGCUUCAACAACCUAGAACUGCAGGACCUCAUGCACAUCUCCCGGGCCCGGAAGCCGGCUUUCAUCCUGAGCUCCAUAAGGGACGAGAAGCGGACCCGCGACCACCUGCUCUGCCUGGACGGAGGGGGUGUGAAAGGCCUCGUCAUCAUCCAGCUCCUCAUUGCCAUUGAGAAGGCCUCGGGCAUCGCCACCAAGGACCUCUUUGACUGGGUGGCGGGGACCAGCACGGGGGGCAUCCUGGCCCUGGCCAUCCUGCACAGCAAGUCCAUGGCCUACAUGCGUGGUGUGUACUUUCGCAUGAAGGAUGAGGUGUUCCGGGGCUCUCGGCCCUACGAGUCAGGGCCCCUGGAGGAGUUCCUGAAGCGGGAGUUUGGAGAGCACACCAAGAUGACGGAUGUCAAGAAACCCAAGGUGAUGCUGACAGGGACACUGUCCGACCGGCAGCCGGCUGAACUCCACCUCUUCCGGAAUUAUGAGGCUCCAGAGUGUGUACGGGAGCCUCGUGUCGGCCAGAACGUUAACCUAAAGCCUCCAACUCAACCCUCAGAGCAGCUGGUGUGGCGGGCAGCCCGGAGCAGUGGGGCAGCCCCCACCUACUUCCGGCCCAACGGGCGCUUCCUGGAUGGCGGGCUGCUGGCCAACAACCCCACGCUGGACGCCAUGACGGAGAUCCAUGAGUACAACCAGGACUUGAUCCGCAAGGGUCAGGGCAACAAGGUGAAGAAACUCUCCGUUGUCGUCUCCUUGGGGACAGGGAGGUCCCCGCAGGUGCCUGUGACCUGUGUGGACGUCUUCCGUCCCAGCAGCCCCUGGGAACUGGCCAAGACUGUUUUUGGGGCCAAGGAACUGGGCAAGAUGGUGGUGGACUGUUGCACAGAUCCGGACGGGCGGGCCGUGGACCGGGCCCGGGCCUGGUGCGAGAUGGUUGGCACCCAAUACUUCAGACUGAGUCCCCAGCUGGGGACAGACAUCAUGCUGGACGAGGUCAAUGACACGGUGCUGGUCAACGCCCUCUGGGAGACUGAGGUCUACAUCUACGAGCACCGGGAGCAGUUCCAGAAGCUCAUCCAACUGCUGCUCUCACCGUGAGGCCGCCGGGCCCCCAGCCGUCCCCACCCCACCCCACCCGCCCAGGCCCAGCUGGGAGGCGGGGCAGAGCCAGGCCCAGGCGGCUCUGUGUCCACAG